AGCUGCCAUGACAGAGCCAGAGUCUUCUCGAUCUAGACCAGAAGGGGCCUAUGAUGUCUUCUUGAGUUUUAGAGGAGAAGACAAUCGCAAGACAUUUACAGAUCAUCUAUAUACUGCCUUGGUCCAAGCAGGAAUCCACACUUUUCGAGAUGAUGAUGCACUUCCAAGAGGAGAAGAAAUCUCGCAUCAUCUCCUCAGGGCAAUUCGAGAAUCAAAGAUAUCCAUAGUUGUCUUCUCAAAAGGAUAUGCUUCUUCUAGAUGGUGUCUCAAUGAACUUGUAGAGAUUCUUAAGUGCAAAAAUAGGAAAACCGGUCAGAUUGUUCUUCCUAUAUUCUAUGACAUUGAUCCUUCAGAUGUGAGAAAACAGACUGGCAGUUUUGCAGAGGCGUUUGAUAAGCAUGAAGAGCGUUUUGAAGAGAAGUUGGUGAAGGAGUGGAGAAAAGCUCUUGAGGAUGCCGGAAACCUAUCCGGAUGGAGUCUCAAUGAUAUGGCAAAUGGGCAUGAAGCAAAAUUUAUCAAAGAGAUUAUCAAGGAUGUGUUGAAUAAAUUAGAACCCAAGUACUUAUAUGUUCCUGAGCACCUAGUAGGUAUGGAUCGGCUUUCUCGCAAAAUUUUUGACUUUCUAAGUACUGCAACAGAUGAUGUACGCAUUGUGGGCAUACAUGGGAUGCCAGGAAUAGGAAAGACGACUACAGCACAAGUUGUAUUUAAUCAACUAUGCUAUGAAUUCGAGGGAAGCAGUUUUCUUUCGGAUGUCAAUGAAAGGUCCAAACAAGUUAAUGGUCUUGUUCCUUUACAAAAGCAACUUCUUCAUGAUAUUUUAAAUCAAUAUGUUGCAAACUUCGAUUGUGCUGAUAGAGGAAAGGUUCUGAUCAAAGAGCGACUUCGUCGCAAAAGAGUUCUUGUUGUCGCUGAUGAUGUGGCUCAUCCGGACCAGCUAAAUGCAUUGAUGGGAGAUCGAAGUUGGUUUGGUCCCAGAAGUAGACUAAUUAUUACAACAAGAUAUUCAAGUCUUCUUCGUGAAGCAGAUCAAACAUAUCAGAUCGAAGAAUUGAAACCAGAUGAGUCCCUUCAGCUUUUCAGCAGGCAUGCCUUUAAGGACAACAAGCCAGCAGAAGAUUACAUUGAGCUUUCGAAGAAAGCCGUUGAUUUCUGUGGAGGACUUCCUUUAGCUCUUAAGGUUAUAGGAGCUCUUCUGUACAGGGAAAACAAAGAUAGAUGGGAAAGUAAAAUUGACAACAUGAGCAGAAUUCCAAACCACGAUAUUCAAGGAAAGCUUCUAAUAAGUUAUCACGCACUUGAUGGUGAACUACAAAGAGCAUUCCUUGAUAUUGCAUGCUUCUUUAUUGGUAUAGAGAAAGAAUACGUCGCAAAAGUGCUAGGAGCCCGUUGCUGUUACAAUCCAGAAGUAGUUUUGGAAACUCUCCGUGAAAGGUCUCUGAUUCAAUUUCAUGUGUGUAUAAUUGAAGAUGAAAGGCUGUUAUCUAGAACUGGAAGGACGGUAACCAUGCAUGAUCUUUUACGGGACAUGGGAAGGGAGGUCGUCUGUAAUGCGUCUCCCUUACUUCUUGGAAAAAGGACCAGAAUUUGGAAUAAAGACGAUGCAUGGAAUGUACUUGACCACCAGAAGGGUACGGAUGUUGUAGAGGGUCUUGCACUGGAUGUCAGAGCAUCAGAAGUUAAAUCACUGAGCACAGGAUCAUUUGCAGAAAUGAAAUUCUUAAAUUUACUCCAAAUCAAUGGAGUACAUCUCACCGGAUCCUUCGAACUGCUUUCUAAAGAGUUGAUGUGGCUUUGUUGGCAUGAAUGUCGUUUGAAAUAUUUUCCAUCCGAUUUUGCCUUGGACAAUCUAGCUGUUCUUGAUAUGCAGUGCUGUGACCUCAAAGAACUAUGGGAGGGAAAAAAGAUUCUCAACAAGCUAAAAAUCCUUGAUCUCAGUUAUUCUUGGAAUCUUAUUAAAACACCAAACUUACACAGUUCAGGUCUAGAGAAACUAAAGCUGGAAGGUUGCUCAAGUUUAGUUGAAGUCCAUCAAUCUAUUGGAAAUUUGACGAGCCUCGUGUUCUUGAAUCUGGAUGGAUGUUGUAGUUUGAAGAUUCUCCCUGAAAGCGUUGGCAAUGUAAAGUCUCUUAAAACUCUGAAUAUUUCUUCGUGUUCACAACUUGAGAAAUUGCCGGAACGCAUGGGUGAUAUGGAAUCCUUAACCGAGCUGCUAGCCGAUGGGAUUGAAAAUGAGCAAGUUCUCUCUUCAAUUGGACAAUUAAAGCAUGUCAGAUGGUUAUCAUUGUGUGGAAAUAGUUGGGCUCCACCAAGUUCUUCUUUGAUUUCAGCAGGUGUUUUGAAUGGGAAACCAUGGCUGCGAUUGAAACGUCUUGAGCUUUCUAAUGCUGGUUUGUCUGAUCACGCAACUAAAUGUGUUGAUCUCAGUGGUUUGUCCGCUCUAGAAGUAUUGGAUUUAUCAAGAAACAAAUUCUCUAGCCUGCCUUUUGGGAUCGGCUUCUGUCCCAAGCUAUGGAGUUUGUCUGUUUACGAAUGCGAAUAUCUUGUAUCAAUCCUAGAUCUUCCCUCAAGUUUAGAGUGUUUGGUUGCAUCUCAUUGCAAAUCAUUGAAAAGAGUAAGAAUACCAAGCGAGCCAAAAAAAGAACUAUAUAUAGAACUAUUUGACAGUUAUUCGUUAGAAGAGAUUCAGGGCAUUGAAGAUCUAAUUUAUUUUUUCUGGGAUUUUACUGUUGAAGCACACAGUCAUUCACGAAAUAAAUUACCGAAGAGUGUUGUUGAGGUAAUGUGCAACGGUCGUCACCAGUAUCUUAUUUUCGAUAUUCGUGGUGAGAUGCCAAACUGGUUGAGCUACAGGGGAGAAGGAUGCUUAUUGUCAUUCCAUAUACCUCCAGUCUUCCAUGGCUUAGUUGUUUGGUUUUUCAUUCUAGACCGAUAUUCUGCCAUAGACAAUGCCAUUAUUAUUAUUAUAAGAAAUAAAAGCAACGGUAUUCAAUUGUUUAAAGAAUCACGAGUAACAGCAGAAACUGAGGGAUGGAUAAGAUACAUACGUAGAAGUGAAAUGGCAAUGGAAGAUUACUGUGCAGAUGACGAAUUGGAACUGUGCAUGUCUUCAGAGCCAGCAGAGGAUGCACUGCGCAUCGGUUGGCAGGUCGAACCCGUACACUUUAAAGAAUGUGGGGUCCAUGUGAUCGCAGAGAAGUUAGAUUCAUUUGAAGAGUCGGCAGUGGGAAGAGAUAAAGUGAAGUCUUCACCACCGCCAUAUCAUCUGCUUCCCCAUCCUCAUUCUGGUUCAAUUACAGCGUCCACACCUAAGCAAUGGAGUGACUAUUUAUUUCCGAAGCUGCCAAGACAUAGCCUCGGUUUAAUAUAUGGUCCGGGAGCCUUCGAUUGAGGUGAGAGUACAAGAUUAUUUUACAUGCAGAUGCUUGAAGUUGCUCUAAAUGAGUACGGUACUUGUUGGCUCGAAGAUCUGACAUGUUGAUAUGUAUUUGUGGGCUUGAAGAUCAUUUUCCAAGCUUGGAAGUUUUAUUGAAUGCUCUUUGAAAUUUUUUCCAUCCGCAUUUAUAUUGGACAACCUAGUUGUUAAUUCUUAUCCAUGACGUAAUUUAUAUUUUCAAGUUACAAAAUUUGAUGAAUAUUGUUUCAUUUUUUUUCCUCACUUCAAAAAAUGAAAAUCCUUGAUGUUAGUUAGAAAUAAAUUGGUUUUCUAGGAAGAGAUUAUUGAUUGGGAUAUAAUAUUUGAGUUGGUUCUUUACCAUUUAAUGUUAUAAUUUAAAAUAAUUGAUGAAAAUUACCGAAACACAGGAAAGCUCCGAAAGCAUCCUUAAUUAGUCUAAUAAGUAAAGCAUUGCUAGUUUUGACUAUAAAAUCUUUCUAUGUAUUAUUGCAUGGUUUUUACUAUUUUUUUGCAUUUCUUCUUUUUAUAUAUACAACUUUUGUUUUU